UAGUAACGUGAUGAAGAGGAAAUAUCUCUGCUCUAGUAGACAAGCGUGCUGACUGCAGAAGCUGCCGAUUUCUCAGGCCUUACUACCCUCUCCCGACCACUCCCGACCUCUCCCGAUAGUCAGGUUGCCCUUUUGGGCCUUUACGCGGUGUAGCCUGCCGACUCCCCUCCCCCAUUAAGACCCCUGUUGUUUUCGCCUCCUAUUUUGCGCCUCCUCUUUAAGGAUCGAAGGAGGCGGAGUUGGGAUGCCAGCGCCACUGUUGCCAGGGCAACAGCUUGGUUACUUCCGUUGGUUUCAAUGCUUCCGGGUUGGCGCUGCAGUGGUGUUUCCGACUGUGGGAGCCUCGGCUUCCCAGUCGUCCGAUGAACCCGAGCAGCAUCAGAAAAGUGACACUGGAAGCCAUGAGAUGUCUGGUCUGAAUUGGAAACCCUUUGUAUAUGGCGGCCUUGCCUCUAUUGUUGCGGAAUUUGGAACUUUUCCUGUGGACCUAACCAAAACUCGACUGCAGGUUCAAGGCCAAAGCAUUGAUGCCCGCUUCAAAGAGAUAAAAUACCGAGGAAUGUUUCAUGCAUUGUUCCGAAUCUAUAAAGAAGAAGGUGUAUUGGCUUUGUAUUCAGGAAUUGCUCCUGCUUUACUAAGACAGGCAUCAUAUGGCACCAUUAAAAUUGGCAUUUAUCAAAGCUUGAAGAGAUUAUUUGUAGAACGUUUAGAAGAUGAAACUCUUCUAAUUAAUAUGAUCUGUGGGGUAGUGUCAGGAGUGAUAUCUUCCACUAUAGCCAAUCCCACCGAUGUACUAAAGAUUCGAAUGCAGGCUCAGGGAAGCUUGUUUCAAGGCAGCAUGAUUGGCAGCUUCAUUGAUAUAUACCAGCAAGAAGGUACCAAGGGUCUGUGGAGGGGUGUCGUUCCAACUGCUCAGCGGGCUGCUAUCGUUGUGGGAGUAGAGCUACCAGUCUACGAUAUUACAAAGAAGCACUUAAUAUUGUCAGGGGUGAUGGGAGACACAAUUUUAACUCACUUUGUUUCCAGUUUUACAUGUGGCUUGGCUGGGGCUCUGGCUUCUAAUCCAGUUGAUGUGGUUCGAACUCGCAUGAUGAACCAGAGGGCAAUAGUGGGACAUGUGGACCUCUACAAGGGUACUUUGGAUGGUAUUUUAAAGAUGUGGAAACACGAGGGCUUUUUUGCACUCUAUAAAGGAUUUUGGCCAAACUGGCUUCGACUUGGACCCUGGAACAUCAUUUUUUUUAUCACAUAUGAGCAGCUUAAGAGACUUCAGAUCUAAGGACUGAAUUACAUGUGAGCCAAGCCCUGCCAACCUUUCUACUCUUUUUCCCUUUUCCUUCUUCAAAUGUAUUUUGACAAAGUUGUGAGUGUUUACUGAACCAUUGGUCUCCUAAGGGCCUCCUGAUGGAAGAACAAUAGAUAGGAUUAUUCAAAAUUGUUCAGUUGUUUGUGUUACCAUGUUAACUUCCCUGAGAGGAAGUGUUAACAUUGAGAUUCUGGCACCAGAUUGGUAUCUUCUAUGAAGAUGGAUACUGAUGGGUGACAUUCAAAAUGGCCUUCUUUUCAAAUGUGGGUUAAAUGUAGUUGGUUAGCCUCAGACUUGGGUGAGAGCAGAAGGCAUAGGCCAGGGAAGUUAUUGCUGUGUAUGUUACAGACCUCGGUUCUCAUUAAAGAAUUUAUUGGAAGAA